GAAAUUUUAUUGUAUUUUGAAACAUUUGGGACAGCAAACUCUAUAGAAUGCUGCAAUUGGAUUGUUUUCGAUGAUGAGCAAACUGAGACUGAGAAUUUACAGUUAUCUAAGCUGAAAUUAUUAAAAUUGUGUAAUGUAAAAUUGUAGAUUGUAAUUCAAAUAUAGUGAAUGAAGAAAUUAUUGAAAGAAUAAAAUAUACUUGAAUGCAUUAAUUGCAUUACGAAUUUGUCUAAAAAACAAAUAACAGCAAUGGUGAAGGAUGAUAGACUUUUGAACAUAGUGAGAACAAUGUUCUUAUCUGGAGCUGUAUUUUCAAGUUGGUGAAUUUUUAUGUGAUGUGUCUGAAUAUUUUUAUAACGCAAUAAUGUUUAUACACAUUAACUGUAUGCAAUAUUGCCCCACGCCACAACAAAUACAUGAAACCCACUCAGACAGUAUUUCCAUUUGCAUUUAGUACAAUUUAACAUGUUGCAUUGAAAUUUCUUAUUCUUUUUGUCAUUAUUGGGUUACGGGGAGGUGCAAGUUAAAUACUUGCCACAGGCGCUUCAUAUUCUAGUUACGGCACUGCUCGCCCAGCCCUACUGCAUUGAAUUCUAUGUACACCUGUGUAUACUAUAUGUAUAAAUGUUGGACAUUGGGUCAAAAAAUGAAUGUUCAAAUUUUAAAACCUAAAUACAUUUUAAUGAAUCUUUAAACCUUUGACAAUUAUGUUUCACAGUACUUUUAUGUUUUGCUUCACUAUUUACCUCAUGGCAUCUGAAAUUAGUUACGUUGAUCUAUUUAUCUUUUUUUUAAUUUACAUUGUAAUUCUUGUAUUACAUGACUUUACCAAAAGAAUGUCUGCAAUAUCAAACGUUGGGGUUGUAAUCAUUCUAAAAUAAACAGAAAAAUGAUUUAAAUGCACAACAGAACUUUGUGACAUUUCAUUGUAGAAGUUAUAAAUGGUUUAUUAAAUUAUAAAAAUCGCCUAAACUUGCCCAGAAACAACUUUGUACCAUUUGUUUUUAAGAAGUAUGUAGAUUGUAACCAUUCACGUAGUUUUUGCUUUUAGUUGGUUUUUCGUCAGAAAUUUAAUUUAAUUGUUGAUGCUGCCCUUUUGGGAGACACUAAUGGAUCUAAGUGGAAUGUCUAUUAUAUUUUUUUCAACAAUAAUAAUAUUCACUUAUCCAGUAUCAGCUAUAGGAAAUGUGUAUAUCACAAUACAAAAGUUAAAGAUUGAAGAAAUUAAAAAAAACUGUGAUUUAUAACAUAGUUUUGAAACGUAUAUGCACAUACUACGGUACUGUACGAAAAAGGGAUAAAAGCUAUCCUGAACAAUUUAAUAUCCACCAGGACCAGCAAUAUUAACUAUUAUUCUUUUGGAUUAUCCCCCUUACACUGUUUAAUUAGAUGCUUCGAAUGCUUAUACACAUUGCGUACAGAUUAGAUUUUAAAUGCUGGACUACCAGAUUUCAUAGGCAACAAUUUGAAGAAAAAAAAAGAUAUAUUCAAAAGGAAUUUAAAAAUAAAAUGGGCCUAUUAGUUGAUUAUGUAAAACAAGGAAAAGGAACAUUCAAUGAUGGGAACACGGCCAGGAAAUUUCCAGAAGCAAAACAACUUUUGGAAGAAGAAAUGGAUUUGAAUCUAUAAAAGGUAAUGAAUAAAUAUUUAUAUUAAAUAAUAAGAUAAGUACAAAAAUGACAAAAAUAAGUAUUAUUAUAUAAACAGAUACCUUCUGAGAACAAUUCAUAAUAAAUAUUUAACAUAUGUUACUGAUUUCAUACUUAGUUGUACCAAUGUCCAAUGAUACUAUGCGCUCGCCCUACUGUGCUACGUGUCUCUGGCGGUGUAUGGGAGCUCAUAUAUGCAGUUCGGUGCAGUGAUGCCAGAUUUAGUUCCCAGUCGCGCAUGCGCACUGAUUUUAGCGUCAAUAAAGUAUCUAACACGACCAUAAAACUGGUGCUCUUAGUCUUAGUCGUCCCAAAGAAAAAUAGAAUUAUAAAUGAAAAUUGGAAGUACUUCUUAGCAUGCAAUAAUAUUAAUUGUGUGGGUAAAUUGUAACAUUGUGGUAAAGGUUGAAAUAAUUUUACAGACAAAAUACAUUUUUUAUAAUUAAAAAAAUGGUUCUGUUGGUUUUGACGAAAGAGUAUUAGACUAUUAGUAUUAUUUAGUAUUAUACUACAUUAGUAUUAUUACUUGUAUUAGACUAAUACUCUUUGGUUUUGACGCCAACCGUUGCUAUAGGAUCAUAGAAUCAUUCGUUGUUUCCUAUAGCUACGGCACUGCGCGCUCGGCUUUUUGCGACGCGCAUGCGCGACUGGGAGACAACUCUGGCAUCACUGUGUCGUGUCGGUGCCGAUACGUGUCGUUGCCGGAACGUGACGUCCGUGCUGUAUAAUUUGAGGCGGUGUCCAGGGUACACAAUAAAGAAACGAACGCACGCGUUCAUAAAAUUGAGUGUAUAAACAUUUAUAUAUCUGCUAUAUCAUUGAGUAACUAUUCGUAUGUUUUAAUAAACAGUGACGAACUAAACUACCAAUGAAUAUUAAUUUAUUUCAUUAAUAUACAACAGUGCGUGUUAUGUUAUAAACAUUCACCGUUCCUUCGACUAAUUACAUAUUCAAGAACUUUUCUUUCUGCUUUUCUUCUUAUUAUUAUAUAUUAUUAUAUUAUAUUUCAUUUUCCCCAUAUUUGGUGCGUAUAUCAUAACGUUAAUUCAUCCACAUAUUUUUACGCGCAAGAAUAUUAAAGAAUGUUAAUGAAUAUUAAAAAUUUAAUUUAUAUUUCAUGCUUAAAUACCUGUAGAAGUAUAUAAAAAAUGAACGACGAACAAUUAAUUGAAUUAAUUCGACAAUAUCCGGCUUUAUACGAUUUGUCAGAUAGUAAAUAUAUGGACACCACUUAUAAAAUUAAUAUUUGGAAUAAGAUUGGGACGUGGAUGAAAGAAGAUGUGUCAGUAUGUAAAGCCCGAUGGAAUAAUAUAAGAGACAAUUACAGAAGAUCUCUUAAGAAGAUAAUGACUAAAAGCGGGAAAAGUGGAAAAAAAGUCAAAGUUUAUAAAUAUUCGCAGCAAUUAAGUUUUUUGAACCAACAAUUCGACCAAAGAGAAACUAAAGAUAGUAUUGAAAGCCAAGAGAAAGAUCAAACCUUAACAGAAGAAGAACGUGACAUACCAGAAGAGUGCAAAAAGGAAGAAAGCCAAGAAGAAAACGAAUACGUUGUACAUAAUGAUGAAGCGGAAUUAAAUGUUGCAUUACACAUGAAUAACGAUUCACAUAAUUUGAGUUGUACUUCAGAUACACUUGAAAUUUCCAGAAGGCCAAUUAAACGAAAAGCAAAAACGAGAAACAUAGCGACACCUCAACAAACAGCGACAUCAAAAUUAGUAGAUUAUUUCAUUAAGCAGAAACAAAAUAGCAUCCUGCAGCAUCCCGUAGAUGCAUUCUUGGCUGGCAUUGCACCAACUUUGAAAGCUUUACCUCCGUAUUAUCUACAUUUGGCGAAAUCAGAGAUUUUUUCUGCCGUUCAAAAAUAUGAAAUGAAAAUGUUAACAAAGCAACACUUCUACCAACAUAGUUCUCAACACAGUUCGGCUCAUACUUCCAAUAGUUCAUCACAAAAUACUCCACUACCAUCACCUAAUGAACCAGUUGUACAUCACGAAAAUACAACGGCAACAUUUGAAAAUCCAAACACAUCUAUGUAUUAACAAAAAAAAAAGAAUAAAGAAAAUAAAACAUUAUUUCUUCCAAAUAUACCAAUUACUAUUAUUUACCUCAAACUAUUAAUCAUCCCUUCUGAGUUAUAGCCUUUCUCCAGUGAGUGGAAGUACAUACAAUGCAACAGCUGACUAUUUCUUUUACAUUCACAAUGGAAUACAGACGUAGGAAGAAAGUUAACAUUGUGAAUCGCGAAAUAGAUACUAAGUAAAGGGUGAAUCUCAAUCAGGGACAGCAUGAACCUGUGGCUGUCUGCGGGUCAGAUUCAACCCUGUUAGAUUUAAAGCAAGCUUGUACAAAAGUAUUAAUAGUUGGUUCCUUUAUUAAUAAACUACAAAUGAAGUACAUAUAAGACUGAUAAGCAAUACUGAAGAUAUACAGUAUCGCUGUUAUUAAAUAAGAAGACUGUUAAUAAAAUAAGUACGAC